AGUGGGAACGAGGAGGAGCAGGACCAUGCCUCUUGUCUCUGGUGCUUGUUUCUGGAUGAGGGCUUAAACUAACGUGGUCUUUUGAGGAUGUACGGCGAUGGAGAGGGCAAAGUGUGGGACCGUGUGGCAAGGCCCCACCGAGACUGUAUGUGCUACCUCGGACCACCAACCACUCUGAUGCCUAUCGGGAUGCGUAAGUCACCCGACGUGAGCCCCAGAAGGCUUUCGGACAUCAGCCCGCAGCUCAGACAGCUUAAAUACCUGGUGGUGGACGAGGCCAUCAAGGAGGACCUCAAGUCCUCACGCUCAGUGGAAGACAUCAACAGUGCGUCCAUAGAGGAGAGGAUACUGCGCAUCACGGGCUACUAUGGAUACCAGCCUUGGAGCGCCAGCUAUAAGAGAGAAGAGCGCCCUCGGGAGAAUGUGGUGGGCACUACAGACGCACAGUCGGCGGCAGGUGCAGCAGGAGCAGAGUCCAGCACCAACAAGAGGAGGCUGCGCUGCUGCAUCAGAGUCACCAAACUGCAGGUGCAGAAGGCGCUGUGGGGGGUUGCCAUGGUGAUGUGUGUGUGCUCGUCCUGGGCAGGCUUCACGCAGAUCUCCAAACUUGCGUUCAAACAGUUUGACGCCCCGUUCACACUCACCUGGUUUGCUACCACCUGGAACUGCCUUUUCUUCCCCCUGUACUACAUUGGACACAUGUGCAAAAGUCCAGAGAGACAGACUCCACGACAGAGAUUCAGGGAGUGUAGUAGAUUUUUCGGCGACGACGGCCUCACCCCAAAAGUGUUCUUCACUAAAGUGGCUCCGUUCGGCCUCCUGUGGAUCCUCACCAACUACCUGUACCUGCAGGCGCUCAGGAAGAUCAACUCAACAGAUGUCUCUGUGCUCUUCUGUUGUAACAAGGCCUUUGUCUUCCUCCUCUCGUGGAUCGUGCUCCGAGAUCGCUUCAUGGGGGUCAGGAUAGUAGCUGCUAUCUUGGCUAUAGCAGGCAUUGUAAUGAUGACCUAUGCUGAUGGAUUUCACAGCCACUCUGUCAUAGGCAUUACUUUGGUAGUGUCCUCUGCUUCGAUGUCAGCACUCUACAAGGUUAUCUUCAAGAUGGUCUUGGGCAGUGCCAAAUUUGGAGAAGCUGCUCUUUUCCUGAGUUUAGUCGGGAGUGCCAACUUUGUGUUCCUCAGCUUUGUGCCGGCCAUCCUGUAUUUCACACACGUGGAAUACAUUGCCUCGCUGGCAGACAUUCCCUGGGCAUAUUUCUGUGGAGUAUCAGCACUACUUUUUGCUUUUAGUGUCCUGGUCAACUUUGGCAUUGCAAUUACUUAUCCAACCCUAAUUUCCCUUGGCAUUGUUCUCAGCGUUCCUGUAAAUGCCAUGGUGGACUUGUACACAUGUGAAAUUAACUUCAGCACAGUUCGCCUCAUUGCGGUCUCCAUCAUUUGCCUGGGCUUUCUCAUGCUACUGCUUCCUGAAGACUGGGAUCAGUGCAUCAUCCAGCUCAGCGCCAAGCUACGGAAACGCGACGAACCAGCAGAUGGCAGUGGCGAGUUAGGAACGGGAAUUACCUGGAGAACUCGAGCCAGGACAUCUAUGUCAACAUUUGCACAUUGACUUUAUUGCAAACUCACACAUAUUGAAAUGGACACUCCACCUGCUCAGUGCUGGGACUUUACCAUUACCUGCCUGGUACAGCUGCAGCUUCAAGGGUCAGUAGUGAUGUUUUGGCUAUAUGUCAAUGUAGGCCAAAAUGAAAGACAUUUGGGACAGGCAAAUAAUGUGUCAUUGCCAUGCUAUUUUCCCUUCAGAAAUGGCUCAUGAUGAUGCAUGGACUCAUGAAUUGUAAUCCUUCUAACUCCCAAUUAAUCAGGUAAAACUGAUUGUGUUAUUUUGCCUGGGAAAACUUGUUAAUUUGAGCUUUUUUGCAUUUAAACAUGUUUAAGACAGGCCUAACACUACACACAUACUGGCUUUAUUCACCUUUACAAUCCAAAGAACUAAACAUGAAUGCCUAAUAGAUGAACAGAACUUCCACAGUGACAUUUUGAAGGGGUCUUGAUAACUACCUGCCUUUUGUGCACUGUACAUAGCUGUUUCACACCUCAAAUGCAUUACAGCUGUAGGCCUGAUAGGAUGGGGUGGUGUGAAGAGGCCUGUCUAGACAUCUUAUGAUCACUCAGAGUUUGAGAAGCCUUCACUACCCUCUUUUUACAUCUAAAAUAGAGACACAAACCUCAACCACACUGAUGCUAUGCUUCCCCGGGCUAAAGUACAGCUUAGAACCACAUUUUCUCUCAAGACAUUUAAAACCAGCAGCAUACUGUUAUAUUGCAUGGGAAAUUGGAGAUGAGUUUUCAUACAAAACUAUACAAACCAAACUUUAAUUUGCAAAAGCACACACCAUGCAGACUUUUUCUAAGUAAAUUACAUACAGACAAAUAUAAACUUUAAUAUUGACUUUAAACAUUCAGUAUAUACUGAUGUUUAUGCUAGUGUAAAUAAAAUGUAGGCAGAAAAUACACUGUAGGCCUAUGCAUUGGGGUGUAUUUGACUUAUCACACUAUCUGAGCAUUCUUCGCAUGACAAAAUAUUGUCGAAAUGUUACUGGGCUGAAAGCGUAGCUAAUCUUGAUUUCCAUGAUGCUCAAGUGUUAAGUCUUUCAGCCAAUAAAGUCAUUAGAAAUCUUUUACAACUAUGAAUAAACAGAACAACCUGGCACCAGCUUUGAGAGACACUGACUGAGGACUUGUUGUGAAUGUACAUCCACCAUUGAACCACUUCACAUGCGCCUCUAUACAGUGCAGAGAAUACUGUUCGUCUGGAAUACAUCCAUUCGAGCAUUUUUCAUCACCAUGACUUUUUAUAUUAUUGCAUUUUGUUGGUUAAACCGGUGUGGUCACAGUAACAUCUGGAGGAGCAUGCACAUACUGUAUGAGCAUAAACUGAACCACUUCACUGCCUUUACUUUAUUUUGCAAUGAGUACAUUAGCACUGUUUCCCAUUGUCAUUCUUUAUGACAAUAAUGAAUAAUAUUGUAUUCCUCUGGAAUUAUUGCUAAACAUAAAUGUAAACCUUUGUAAGGAAUGAUGAUUUUUACACUAAGAUGCAUAUGAACAUAUAAUUAUCACAAAUGAGAAAGAGGUGUUAAAAACAUAAAUAAAUUAUGGGUUUAAUAGCCUUGAUGUCCAGUUUCUUCCGAGUAUCAGAUCUUUUGUAUAUAAAAAGAUAUUUAUG